CCUCCCCCUCCCCCCCCUAUCUCUCUCUCUGUGUAUGUGUGUGUGUGUUUAUUAAUAGUUGAGUUACAUAUCUAUGCUCUUCUCUGUGUGACUUGCUGUUGGGUAAUGAUUGCUAUAUGCCGAAUCGGAUGAAUUUGUUUUGACUUUGAGCUAAAUUUCUCUGUAGAGACAAAGCUUAUGAAUGGGUGUAUAUAAAGAUAGAUAACUUAUAAAUGGUCGAUGGGCUUGAAUUUUUCUCUGUUUAGUUUUUUCGUAUUGGUCUGCGAUGUAUUCCCAGGGUUUUGAAGUCAUUGUUGUAAGUAGUACUCCUCAUUGUUUCUGAGUUUUAAUUCCGUUAGAACUUCAGUGUUGAUUCUGAAUCUGAAGGUAACAGUUCUGCUUAAGUCUUCAGGAUUGAAUCAUGCUUUCAUUAAGAUGGAGAGGGGUUUUGAUUGGGCAGGGCUAAAAAAGGAAACGAAAAAGAGACCUCUGAAUGUGGAUUUAGUUUAUAAAUAGUUUAUGUGCAUUCGGGGUCAUCUUAUUUCUAACGACUGAUUGAAAGGGGUCAUUUAUUUUGAUUAUAAUUGAAGGGCAGGUAUGGGCGUUUUCUCUUAGUUGUUAGGAUUUGGUUUCUGAUUGAGACAGAUAGAAACUAGGUGCUUAUAGUGUUGAAAAGGUAGUUUUGGGAUAAGCACUUGCACCCUGUUUCCUUAAGUUAUGAUUACAUCUUUGUUACAUCAUACUAGUUGGUGGGAAAUGUAGCUGUUGAGUUGAUAAUACUAAAAAUUAAGUUGCUUGAGGAGUGCUUCUACAGGCUUAUUUUUUGGCUGUGUUAAUUUUGUUCACUUCUUUAAUGUGGUCUUCUGAGGCCUAAUUGAACCUCACAACAUAGCAAGUAGAGAUAGGACAAGAAGCUUUGUGUAUUAUGGAGCCAGUUAAUUGAAUUACCAGGGUGCUUGGGCGUUGAUGACUGUUUCAGGGAGUAUUUUUGGAGGAGAAUUGGCAUCUGCGUGUUAUAUCUAUGGAGAUGUGAUGGCAGAAUAUUGGUUUAAAGUUCAAGAAUGCUACUGACAGUAACAGCACUUGAUGUCUAAAUUGUUUUUACGUUUGUUUUGAAGGAUAAUGAAAUCUAUAUAACUACUUUUGCCUCUUAAAGCCCUCUAAUAAAAGUUCUGUGGCGGUUUUGUGCUAAUAUGAAAAAACUAAUUCUCAUUCAUGUUUGGGUUGACUCUGUCAUAAGAGUAUACUGAUGAAACAUGAAAAAAUCAUGUGAUAGGGAAAGAGGAUCAAGCCUUGAGAAAACAAUAUAUGCUUGUUGUGUUUGUUCUGCUGCCUCUCUAUUCAGCUCAUUAAGCCAAUUUGCCUCGUGUGUAUAGGAGUGUCUUCUUCUAGUAACCAAAGUAAGCUCAAUUUAAUCAAAGCAAUUGACAAAGAGAAUCCAUAUGCAUGCUGUGUGUAGAUGGUUUACUAAGCAAUUUUCUUGCCGGAAUGAUGAAUUCCCCUCCAAAAAUCUCUAAUGAAUCAAAGUCGUGACCCUCUGUAAAAGACUAAUAAUCAUGAGGGACAGGAAAAAAUCUACAAUUUUGUAGCAAGGACAUUAUAUAUAUGCUGUAUAAUUAUUAAGCUUUCUAGUUACAAUCUGUUUAUGAUCUAAACACGGAAACCCAAUCAUGAUUGUCAGGACAUGGUGCCUUUUGUGCUUGCACCAUUCUUUUUAAUGGGUUUCAAUUUGAAAGGAUUCACAGUGUGGACUGCUGCUGAGAACCCUCGGUUAUUUUGAGAAAGCACCUUCAAUUUCUUGAGUCUAGAGCGAGAAACUUAAACGGAUUGAAGGAGCCUUGGCAAGCUUCAUAUGAAUUAAGAUGUGAAGGAUGAUGAUUUUCUAUCUCAUUUCUAUCGCAGAGUAGUUCCAAUUUCCCUGUUAGAACUUCGAAUUUGUAUAUUGCUGAUUGGAUUUUUCCCUUAAUUUUUUUCCUUCUCUUUUUCUUCUUUCUAAUAUCUUUGUAUGAAUUGACUUCUUACUGCAGCAUUAUUGAAGGGUUACAGUACCCUAGUUCUUUUGCUCAGCUGUACCCUAGUAUCAAUUUACAGUUCAUUAUUGUUUGUUCUCUUAUCUGUCCUCUCCUUUGCCUUUCUUAUAUUCUCUUCCUGAGAUGAUCAUCAGCAAAGACUAUUGUGUGAUUCAAGUUAACUGUUGAGCUGAUGAUAUGAUUCAGGUUGGGUUAACGAGACUUGAAAUAGUUAAGGAUAUAGGAGUUGUUUUGAACUUGUCUUAGUCGGAUUAGCAAACCAAUUUGCUAAAUGUAUUGAGUCAUGAAGCUAGUGAGAAUGAAGAAGUUUGUCGAGAAUUUGGAGAAGACUGUAGAAAUUUAAUCUGAGAACUUGUGGGAAAGGAAGUUUGCUAUAUCCAUGCCAUAUGAUUUAUAUUUCAAUGUAGAAGUUCCGCAAUAGUUUCUGUGUCAUCACAUUUUAAUUAUAGUAUGAUUUUCAAAUUAUUGUCCUUCAACAUUAGAUUGGGUUACUGUCAUUUGCACAAUUUUUUUGCUUCUGCAGAAUUUUAGUUGUCACAUCCAAUAUGUUGUUUAAAGAGUGAGAAGUUUGUGGAAGCUGCAAAAGUAGGUCUUCCUGCACAUCAUGAAGUGGUGCAUGAGACGUUCUACUGUUGCAUGCCUACUUUUUUUGGUUAACGUACGGUUGGGCCACAGUGUUGGCAAGUUGAUUUUACAUGUUGUUUAGUGGUUUUCAUGGCAAGACAUUUGACAACCAAAGUUUUCACCAGGAUAGCAUUCUUUGUUUGACAAUGGCUGUUUGGAAAAUAUUGACAGUAGACGAUUUAAAGUGGAGCAGAAAGCUGCCAUCUUGUCUGGUUGUUUGUGCAGAGGCGUCUUUAAGAUAGCUGACCAUCCUAACCUUGAUACAUAGGGUAUAGCUGUGGUUUUCCUCUGUAUGGCAGCUUAUGGGUGAUUUCCAUGUCAGUUGUCAGGUUGUGCUGUUGUGGUCUCUAAUAGGGCCUUUGUUGGUAGGUGUAAGCUGGUGGCUUGCAAGGCAUCCAACCUUUCUCUCUUAUGGUGCUUUAUUGUUUUGAAUGGGUUGAACCAUGUAUAUCUAAGCUAAAGUGGGAUUCUUGGAUUUGCUUGUCCAGUUGGGCAACUGCCUGCAAGAGGAGAGAAGAGGGGGGUGGGGGUGGCUCGAUAUACUCUACAUGACCUCACUUUGGUUUUGACAGACAAUCUUGAAUCACAAAUUAGAUUUAUGGAUUCAUUAUUUGGGUUCUUCUUCCUUAUGCUGUGUCAUAUGAAGGAAAAAAGAGGAUUAUUAGAUUUCAAUGUUGUGUGAGGGCAUAUCCAUGUGUCAAAAUUCUCUAGCUUAGAAGAUUUUCUGUUAUGGAUUUCUUCUCUGGAGGAAAAGGGACUACCUUGUUUGGAUCCUUCUACUCGAAUUGAUGGCAGUGGCAGACUGAGUACAAGUACAAUUCGGCAUCAGUGCAUUUGUGUGAAGUAGUGAUCCUCAGACUUGAACCUUCACUUGCACUUGGCAGCCCAAGCUUUAAUCACAUGGCAUAGUAAAACCCCAAAUAGGCAUUUUAUUAAAAAAACCCAAAAAUCAGGUAUGCAAUCGUCCAAGUAUUCAAUCAGUGUGGUAGCGAAGAGUCUUUAUGUGGUAGUUUCCAUAUAAAUAUGUAUUUGUGGAGCAAUGCCUGAUUUGCGUGUAAAAAAUAGUCAGAAAUUUUGUGAGGAUGGCCUCUUGGUAUUGUCUUUUACCUAUCCAAUUUCUCUCCCAUGAAACUGAUUUCACCAUUUAUUGGAUAUGUGAACUUGAGGGUUGUUAUGUGUUUGCCAAAGCAUGCAUUUUGAAUGACUUGAACAAAGUAAACUGUGCUUCCAAAUCUCUCAUAAAAUCUGUCAGUUGCCAUAAUGGAUUUCUGUCAUUCUCUUUGCAUUCUGAUCUUCGCAUGCUAAUUUUUUUUUUGAAUGUGGUUCAGUGAAGAUGCAAAUAAAAGGAGGUCUUUAAAAAGUAAAGCUUCUAGAGAUGGGGAUAGGCCCUUUCAUAGUCCCAGCCAAGAUAGGACCUCAAACUGCAAGUUCUCUAGUUUGAAAGUUGUGCUGAUUAUUAUAAUGUUGGGAGCAUUUUUUAUGCUCCUUUUCUCUCCAGCAGGUUAUAACACUGAACAUCUGUACAGUUCUGGAGCUCGACCAUAUUUUGUGGAUGAAUGGAUAAGGGAGAAAUCUGCUGUAGAUCAACGUUAUGUAUCAGUUUUAGAUGUUGACUGGGAUCAAAUAUCCAAUAUAAUUGAUAAACUUACAGACAAGAAUGAGUAUCAGGGAAUAGGUUUGUUAAACUUCAACAGUAGUGAAAUUGAUCAGUGGAAGCAGCUCAUACCAGAUGCGGAGCAUGUUGUUCUCCACCUCGAUUAUGUAUCACACAAUGUCACUUGGGAAUUGCUGUAUCCUGAAUGGAUAGACGAGGAAGAGGAAUUUGAGUCUCCCACUUGUCCUACUCUGCCCAGGAUUCAGGUCCCUGGAAAACCAAGGAUUGAUCUCAUUGCCGUCAAACUUCCCUGCAACCAUUUAGUGGACUGGUCAAGAGAUGUGGCUCGUUUGCACUUGCAACUCGAAGCGGCGAGACUCGCCACCUCUGCUAAAGGGUAUCAUCCAGUGCGUGUACUUUUGGUGACUGAUUGCUUCCCCAGUCCAAAUCUUUUUACUUGCAAAGAGCUUGUUGCACAUGAAGGCAAUUCAUGGCUUUAUGAACCCAACCUCAAUACAUUGAGGCAAAAGCUCCACCUUCCAGUUGGUUCAUGUGAAUUAGCAGUUCCUCUCAAUGCCAAAGAACACAGGUACUCAGGAAAUGUGCAUCGAGAAGCAUAUGCAACAAUACUACACUCGGCACAUGUUUACGUCUGUGGGGCCAUUGCUGCAGCUCAGAGUAUUCGCAUGGCAGGAUCAACACGGGAUCUUGUCAUACUUGUUGAUAAGACAAUCAGUGACUAUCACAGAGGAGGCCUGGAGGCUGCAGGUUGGAAAAUUCAUGUGAUUGAAAGAAUCAGAAACCCAAAAGCUGAACGGGAUGCAUACAAUGAGUGGAACUACAGCAAAUUCCGACUCUGGCAGUUGACAGAUUAUGACAAGAUCACUUUCAUCGAUGCUGACUUGCUUAUACUUCGGAAUAUUGAUUUCCUAUUUGAGAUGCCAGAAAUAUCUGCAACAGGAAACAAUGCUACCUUGUUCAAUUCAGGCGUGAUGGUUGUUGAACCAUCACAGUGCACAUUCCAACUGCUAAUGGAUCACAUCAACGAGAUUGAGUCCUACAAUGGUGGGGACCAGGGUUAUUUAAAUGAGAUCUUCACAUGGUGGCAUCGGAUCCCAAAACACAUGAACUUCUUGAAGCACUUUUGGGAAGGUGAUGAGGAGGAGAAGAAACAGAUGAAAACUCGUCUCUUUGGAGCUGAUCCUCCGGUCCUUUAUGUUCUCCAUUACUUGGGUUUGAAACCUUGGCUAUGCUUCCGGGAUUAUGAUUGCAACUGGAACGUGGACAGAUUGCAGGAGUUUGCAAGUAAUGGUGCACACAGAACAUGGUGGAAAGUCCAUGAUGCAAUGCCUAAAAACUUGCAUAAAUACUGCUUGCUUAGAUCAAAACAGAAGGCAGCACUGGAAUGGGAUCGAAGGCAAGCUGAGAACGGGAAUUACUCAGAUGGUCAUUGGAAAAUUAAGAUAAAGGACCGGCGUUUAAAGACUUGCUUUGAGGAGUUUUGCUACUGGGAAAGCAUGCUGUGGCACUGGGGUGAAACAAAUUGGACAGAUAAUGCAACUGCAACUCCAGCACCACCUGCAAGUACUACAGCAUCACUAUCUUCUUUGUAAUCUGCAGUUGAGGGACCUAUACUUAAAGUUCUCAAUGUGUAGCUGACACGAGUUCAAAAGUACUAUUUUUUUCCUUCAACAUUUUGAUUUAGCCAGUUUGAUAUGACUUACAUAUAAUGCAUUUUUCCACCCACUGCAGAAGAAAGAAAGAACAAAAAUCUUAGCUCUCCCUCUCUCUCUCUCUCUAUGGCUUCCACAAAUUGUAGUUCAACAUGACAGCAAAUUCAUGGUCUCUUGUUGGUUCUGUCUCUAAAUGAUGUUCUAGUUUCAACUUUAGAUGUUUAAUUGAUGGAGCUUUUCUGCAAUUAAUCAAUGCCUUUAAUCUUUUUUUGCGAUACGUGUUUCUUGUGCUUCCAUGGCUUGUAAGAUUGUUCCUGUAGGCUAUCUGCGUUGUGAACUCGAGAUGAAAUUAUACAUAGAGC